AUGGAGACUAGAACUCAAUCGGCCCUUACAAGCACCGGCACCACGCCCGACAACCAAUCGGAAUUCGAGCUUGAAUCAAGCCAACGAUGGAACGAGCAGCCCGUAAACGAGAACGAGUCUUUACUACCGCCGACUGAUGGCGGGAAAGAUGCGUGGUUGUUCGUUGCGGCUGGGUUUAUGGUGGAGAUGAUGGUAUGGGGUGAGUGUGAAGUUUCAUCUCCAGAAUUCGCAGGUUCAUCUGGUAUCCCAGCCAUCGGCACUUCAGCGAUGGGCAUUCUAUACAUGAUCGCGCCAUUGACGUUUGGUUUGUUCACGCGCUGGCCUCAGUACAGGAGGAAGGCAAUGGUCGCUGGCGUAUUUACCAUGUGCCUUUCGCUUGGUCUGAGCUCGCUAUGCACAACCGUACCGCAACUCAUUGUCACUCAAGGGAUCUUUUAUGGUGUUGGCGGCGCAAUAGUGUACUGUCCUUGUAUCAUACUCCUGGAUGAAUGGUUUGUAAGACGCAAAGGUCUCGCAUUUGGUAUCAUGUGGGCAGGUACAGCACUUGGUGGCGUCGUCAUUCCGCUGUUGCUGCAGUUCCUUCUCAAUCGCUAUGGCUUCCGCAACACGCUACGCAUAUGGGCAGGCCUCCUCUUCGCAGUUCUUCUACCCGUCACGAUCUUUAUCAAACCACGGCUGCCUGUCUCGGCAACUACCAGGUGUGGAAUUACUUUCACAUUCCUCACGAACAAGACCUUUUGGGUUCUGCAGUCUGGCAACAUUUUGCAGGGCUUGGGGUUCUUUGUACCAUCCAUUUACCUUCCUACAUACACCAAGGCCCUAGGAUUCAGCAGCACAGUUUCCGCUGUUCCUCUCAUUCUCCUCAAUGUCGCCGCUGUCAUCGGAUCCGUUAGUAUGGGAAGCAUCAUCGAUCGCACACACGUCACCACCGCCAUCCUCAUUUCCACCAUCGGUGCCAUGAUCUCCACUUUCCUGAUCUGGGGUUUCAGCACGUCGCUACCACCGUUACUGAUUUUCUGCUUCACAUACGGACUCUUCGCAGGCAGCUUCGCGAAUACUUGGCCUGGAAUCAUGAGAGCAGUGCAAACGAGUACGGGCCAGAUGGAGAGCUCCAUGGUCUUCUCGUUCUUGUGCAUGGGUAGGGGUAUUGGGAAUAUUGUUAGUGGGCCUAUCAGUGAAGCAUUGAUCAAGACGGGAACUCUUGGUGAGCAUGGAUUGUACGGAACGCAAUAUGGCAGUUUGGUGGUGUGGACGGGGGUUAGCGCUGCGCUUGGGGGUGUGAGCAUCAUCGGAAGGAGGGUGGGAUGGCUGUGA